GAACCACGAAAAAGUGAUGCACCGCAACUUAGAGACGAAUAUCGUACAUAUAAAAUUUUAAACGGGUCAUCGGGUAUACCUAACGUAUAUUAUUUUGGCCAGGAAGGUUUACAUAAUAUACUGGUAAUUGACCUUCUUGGUCCUAGUUUGGAAGAUUUGUUUGAUAUGUGUGGUAGAAAAUUUUCCAUCAAAACAGUGGUAAUGGUAGCCAAACAAAUGCUCACACGAGUGCAGACCAUUCACGAAAAGAAUCUUAUCUAUCGAGAUAUUAAACCAGAUAAUUUUUUGAUUGGUCGUCCAGGAACGAAAGGUGCAAAUGUAGUUCACGUUGUUGAUUUUGGUAUGGCAAAACAAUACCGCGAUCCAAAAACAAAACAGCAUAUUCCAUAUCGAGAAAGGAAAAGCUUAAGCGGUACAGCUAGAUAUAUGAAACAAUCAAGAAGAGAUGAUUUAGAAGCUCUUGGUCACGUUUUUAUGUACUUUUUAAGGGGUGGAUUACCUUGGCAAGGACUAAAGGCAGCUACCAAUAAACAAAAGUACGAAAAAAUCGGUGAAAAGAAACAGUCAACACCAAUCAAAGAGCUAUGUGAUGGUUUCCCAGAGGAAUUCGGAAUUUAUCUAAAUUAUGUUCGUAAACUAGGUUUUGAAGAGAAUCCAGAUUAUGACUUUCUGAGAGAGCUUUUUACCAAAGUUUUGAAAAAUUCCAAUGAAGUUGAGGAUGGUGUGUACGACUGGAUGGGAUUGAAUGGUGGUAAAGGUUGGCAGACAAGUACGCGGAAUGAUAACGUCACACAUAUUUCUGAAACUAACACCCGCCAAAAACUUCACGGUAUCUUCUCUCAGCAAUAUAGUUCAAAUGCAGCUAUUCAUCAAUCUUCCCAUAUUCAUCAUGGCUCAUCUGACCCGCGACACGUUCGUUCAUCACUUAACCGUGGACCAUCAGUGAAUCGAAGUCAGCAACAAACUCCACCAUCACCGGCUUUAGCUCAUGCAAGUACAAAACCACAGCGAGGGUCAGCAAAAAAACAUAAUAGUGCAAAUAUGCAUUCUGGGGUAGAUGAUAUGAAUAUCCCAUACUCUGGCCGUGCCGGUAUGAACGGAAGUAACGGUGGAAACAACGCAGGCGUUCAGGGUAACAAUGGUGCUGAUUCGAACUCUCACAGGAGACGUGGAAUUUGGCAAAAAUUUAUCGGCGUUAUUACAUGUAUCGUGAAAACAGGAAAAUAG